AUGCCCGACUUGCCUUCUCUCUCUGCCUCGGCCUGCCUACCUACCUUGUCCGGCGCUGGGCGGAGUGACGGCCUUCUCCGGCUCUCUCGGGGACUUCCCGUUCCCCUCCGCCGGCGGAAGUGGCGUCGGCGGCGGAGAGCAGCGAGCAACGAAUACACUCCCCGCCCCUCACGACCUGGCCUCCCUCCCUUGCAGCACACAGCAGCCGCGGUGAGUGCCAAGAGCUACCUCUGCCCCGUCUGCGGCCGUGCACUAAGCUCCCCGGGCUCGUUGGGCCGGCACCUCCUCAUCCACUCUGAGGAUCAGCUCUCCAACUGCGCUGUCUGUGGCGCCCGCUUCACCAGCCACGCCACCUUCAACAGCGAGAAGGUGCCAGAAGUGCUGUGUGGAGAUGCCCUGCCCAUCCCACUCCCUGAGGGCUCCUCCGAGACCCAGGAGAAGACCCCUGAUGGAGACCCUGCCGCCCCGGGCCCGGCGGUCUUCCCCGCAGGCCUCCUCCUGGUGUGCAACAGCUGUGUGGCCUACCGGAAGCUGCUGGAGGCCCAGGCCCCCGGGGUGCGUAAGUGGGCCGUGCGGCGGCAGAACGAGCCCGUGGAGGCCCGACUGCAGCGCCUGGAGCGGGAGCGGACAGCCAAGAAGAGCCGGCGGGACAGCGAGACGCCUGAGGAACGGGAAGUGCGGCGCAUGCGGGACCGGGAGGCCAAGCGGAUGCAGCGUCUGCAGGAGACGGACGAACAGCGAGCGCGCCGCCUGCAGCGGGACCGCGAAGCCAUGCGCCUCAAGCGUGCCAAUGAGACGCCCGAGAAGCGGCAGGCCCGGCUCAUCCGGGAGCGUGAGGCCAAACGGCUGAAGCGGCGGCUGGAGAAGAUGGACAUGAUGCUGCGGGCUCAGUUUGGCCAGGACCCCUCGGCCAUGGCCGCUCUGGCCGCAGAGAUGAACUUCUUCCCACUUCCCGUGGGCGGCAUGGAGCUGGAUGGCCAACUCCUGGGCAAGAUGGCCUUUGAAGAGCCCAGCGCCAGCGCCCUGCACUGAAAUCCCCUGAAAGCCAUGGACCAUUGCAGGGGGUCCUUGCGUUGGAGCUGCACCCUUUCGCUGAAGAGGGAGAGGAUGCCAGGGUGGGACGGGCACUGCGAGUUGGGAGCAGACCCCAGCCCAGUUAGGGCUGGGGUGGCAGUCAAGAGAAUAAAUUAAUUGUACUUGUUCUGGUCAA